AUGCCUCGUAGCCCUACAUCAAGUGAAGAUGAAAUGGCACAAAGCUUCUCUGACUAUUCUGUUGAGUCUGAAUCAGACAGCUCCAAAGAAGAAACUAUUUAUGACACAAUUAGAGCAACUGCAGAAAAGCCAAGCAGCAGAAUGGAAGACAGUCAGAGCAACACUUUAGUGAUUCGAAUUAUCAUACCUGACCUGCAGCAAACGAAAUGCAUUCGAUUUAACCCAGAAGCUUCAGUGUGGGUUGCAAAGCAGCGGAUUUUGUGCACUUUGAACCAGAGUUUGAAAGAUGUCCUGAAUUAUGGACUGUUCCAGCCUGCAAGCAAUGGGAGGGAUGGGAAGUUUUUGGAUGAGGAAAGACUUCUGAGGGAAUACCCACAACCAGUCAAUAAAGGAGUUCCUUCACUUGAGUUUCGCUACAAGAAAAGAGUGUACAGACAGCUCAACCUCGAUGAAAAGCAGCUGGCCAAGCUUCACACCAAGGCCAAUUUGAAAAAAUUUAUGGAUCAUGUCCACCAUCUCUCUGUGGAAAAAAUGACCAAGAUGUUGGACCGAGGACUGGACCCAAACUAUCAUGACUUAGAAAGCGGAGAAACACCCCUAACUUUGGCAGCUCAGCUUGACAACACAGUAGAAGUGAUAAAAGCCCUGAAAAAUGGAGGAGCACAUUUAGACUUCAGAGCCAAAGAUGGAAUGACAGCUCUGCACAAAGCAGCCAGAGCCAAGAACCAAGUAGCCCUCAAGACCCUUUUAGAGCUGGGAGCAUCUCCCAACUACAAGGACAGCUGUGGCCUGACCCCGCUGUACCACACGGCUGUGGUGGGAGGGGACCCUUUCUGCUGUGAGCUCUUACUCCAUGAACAUGCUACAGUCAGCUGCAAGGAUGAAAAUGGAUGGCAAGAAAUUCAUCAGGCUUGCAGGUACGGACACGUCCAACACCUGGAGCACCUCCUGUUCUAUGGCGCCGACAUGUGCGCGCAGAACGCCUCGGGGAACACAGCCCUGCACAUCUGUGCCCUCUACAACCAGGAGAGCUGUGCAAGGGUGCUGCUGUUCCGGGGAGCCAACAAGGAGAUCAAGAAUUACAACAGCCAGUCUCCAUUUCAGGUGGCUAUAAUAGCGGGAAAUUUUGAGCUUGCUGAGUACAUCAAGAAUCACAGAGAAGCUGAUAUUGUGCCCUUUAGGGAGGCUCCCACCUACUCCAACAGGAGGAGGAGGCCUCCCAGCACCUUGGCAGCCCCCCGGAUCCUGCUCCGCUCCAACAGUGACAACAACCUGAACAUCAACAACCUCCCCGAGUGGUCAGCCUCCUCCUCUGCCUCUUCACACCGCAGCCUUUCCCCUCACCUGCUCCAACAGAUGCAGAAUAAUCCCAAUGGAACUGUAAAAACUGUGGGGAGUUACACUCCGUCUUCCCGGAGCCGCUCGCCGUCCCUCAACAGGCUGGGAGAGGAUGCCAAGAGGCAGCAAGUUGUCUGGCAUACUGCAAGUUUUUAUGCUUUGGGUGCCAACAAAGAUACUCUGUCUGCCUUGGAUUAUCAGGGUCCCAAAAGGAAGCUCUACAGUGCUGUCCCUGGGAGACUUUUUAUCGUUGUAAAGCCAUAUCAACCUCAAGGGGAAGGGGAAAUUCACCUGCACAAAGGAGAUAGAGUCAAAGUGCUGAGCAUCGGAGAAGGUGGAUUCUGGGAAGGCAGCACCCGGGGACAUAUUGGCUGGUUUCCUGCAGAGUGUGUGGAAGAAGUUCAGUGCAAACCAAGUGAAAGCAAAGCAGAAACACGAACAGAUAGAACAAAGAAGCUGUUUAGACACUACACUGUUGGAUCCUAUGACAGCUUUGAUGCUUCAAGUGACUGCAUAAUAGAAGAAAAGGCAGUGGUCCUGCAGAAAAAAGACAAUGAAGGAUUUGGAUUUGUGCUCAGAGGGGCAAAAGCUGACACACCAAUUGAAGAAUUCACCCCAACUCCAGCCUUUCCUGCUUUGCAGUACUUGGAAUCUGUGGAUGAAGGGGGAGUAGCAUGGCAAGCUGGCCUGAGAACUGGAGACUUUUUGAUCGAGGUUAAUAAUGAGAAUGUAGUGAAAGUUGGCCACAGGCAGGUGGUGAACAUGAUUCGACAGGGGGGCAAUCACCUCGUGCUGAAGGUUGUCACAGUAACCAGGAAUCUUGAUCCAGAUGACACAGCAAGGAAGAAAGCCCCACCACCUCCUAAGCGAGCUCCAACCACUGCACUGACCCUGCGCUCUAAGUCCAUGACCUCAGAGCUUGAAGAGCUUGUGGAUAAAGCUUCAGUACGGAAGAAGAAGGAUAAGGUGGAUGAAAUAGUGCCAGUUUCCAAGCCAUCAAGAAUUGCAGACAAUGCAACUGUGGACUCCAGAGUGGCAACUAUAAAACAGCGGCCUUCUAGUAGAUGUUUUCCCUCAGCUACAGAUAUGAAUUCCAUGUAUGAGAGACAGGGUAUUGCUGUGAUGACACCCACUGUCCCAGGGAGCCCUCAAGGUCCUUUUCUGGGUAUACCUCGGGGUACAAUGAGAAGACAAAAAUCUAUAGGUAAAAUGCUUCUCUUGUAUGGAAUAACGGAGGAAGAGCGGCAGUUUCUGGCCCCUCCUAUGCUGAAGUUUACCAGGAGUCUUUCAAUGCCUGACACCUCUGAAGAUAUCCCACCACCACCACAGUCCUUACCUCCCUCACCACCACCACCUUCCCCCUCUCUGUAUAACUCUCCCAAAUCCCUGACAACCCGGAGCUACGGAACGAUCAAACCUCCAUUUAACCAGAAUUCAGGUGCAAAAAUCUCUUUGGUUAGGCCCGAGAGCGUGGGGACGAUGAUAAGGGACAAAGGGAUCUAUUACCGGCGGGAGCUGGACCGAUACUCCCUGGACUCGGAAGACCUGUACAAUCGGAGUGCCGCAGCUCAGGCCAAUUUCAGGAGCAAGAGGGGCCAGAUGCCGGAAAAUCCCUAUUCUGAGGUUGGGAAGAUUGCCAGCAAAGCCGUUUAUGUGCCAGCCAAGCCAGCCAGGAGGAAGGGGAUGCUGGUGAAACAAUCCAACGUGGAGGACAGUCCAGAAAAGACCUGCUCUAUUCCAAUCCCAACCAUCAUUGUCAAAGAGCCAUCCACCAGCAGCAGCGGGAAAAGCAGCCAAGGGAGCAGCAUGGAGAUCGAUCCUCAGUCUUCGGAGCAGCCGGGACAGCUCCGGCCUGACGACAGCUUGGGAGUCAGCAGUCCGUUUGCAGCAGCCAUCGCAGGGGCCGUGAGGGACAGGGAAAAGAGGCUGGAGGCGAGGCGCAAUUCCCCGGCCUUCCUCUCCACAGACCUGGGAGAUGAGGACGUUGGAUUAACCCCACCAACACCACGGAUGAGGCAGUCCAAGUUCACCGAGGAGGCAAUGUUCAGCAGUGAGGAUGGUUUCAGACAGCUCAUGUCACCAUCUCCGAUCCCCGCCCCCAGGGAGCCCGAAAACCUUUUCAACAGUAGUGAGCCUAGCAACCAGAGUGACUCAAGGACAUUGAAUGCUCCAUCCAAAACGAAAGGCACUGACAACAGUAUGGCGGCAGCCAAGCCCACGAGCGCUCCCGGCUCGGAUAGCUACGUCCACCCAGUCACAGGGAAGCUGUUGGAUCCAAACUCUCCACUUGCCCUCGCGCUCUCUGCCAGGGACAGAGCCAUGAAAGAGCAGACACAGCAGAUUCCAGGAAAAGGGGACGCAGUCAAAACCGACCUUAACAAACCGCUUUACAUCGACACCAAGCUGAGACCCAACAUGGAAACGACUUUUCCUGUUACUGCCACUGUCACCAGGCAAAAUACCCGCGGCCUGUUGAGACGGCAGGAGACUGAGAACAAGUACGAGAUGGAUGCAGGGAAAGAAAAGAAAGCUGAGGAGAAGAAGAACAUGUUGAUAAACAUUGUGGAUACGUCGCAGCAAAAAUCAGCUGGCUUGUUGAUGGUGCACACAGUGGAUACGGCAAAGUCAGAUGAUAUGCCCGAGGAUGAGGAGGAAAAGGGAGCUGAGAUGGAGCCGAGCCCUGAAAACUCCCCGCCAGAGAGGCCGGAGGGCAGCGAGGAAGCAGAGAGCGAGCUGAGCGUCCCUGCCGCGCCCGAGCCCCCAGCUUCUCCCUGCAAAACCAUCGUGGCCGCCAGCUCUGUGGACGACCCCGUCAUCCUGCCCUUCCGCAUCCCCCCGCCGCCCCUGGCCUCAGUGGACAUUGAUGAGGAGUUCCUGUUCACCGAGCCGCUGCCCCCUCCCUUGGAGUUUGCCAACAGCUUUGACAUCCCCGACGACCGCGCGGUGCCUGGCUCGGCGCUGACAGACCUGAUGGCACAGAGGAAGAACGGCACCCCUUCGCCCGGCCAGCCAGCAAACUCCUUAGACGGCAAAAAGCAAGCGGGCCUCUCAAACUGUUUGCCUGCCUCCUUCCUGCCACCCCCCGACAGCUUCGACAACAUCACCGACUCUGGGAUCGAGGAGGUUGACAGUCGGAGCAGCAGUGACCAUCACCUAGAGACAACCAGCACUAUCUCAACGGUGUCCAGCAUCUCUACCUUAUCCUCGGAAGGGGGGGAGAACGUGGAUACUUGUACAGUCUAUGCAGAUGGGCAAACAUUUCUGGUGGACAAACCCCCAGUACCUCCUAAGCCAAAAAUGAAGCCCAUAAUCAACAAAAGCAAUGCACUUUACAAGGACGCGCUGAUCGAGGAAACUGUAGACAGCUUUGUGAUCCCUCCUCCCGCUCCGCCCCCGCCUCCCAUCAGUGCCCAGCCCAACCUGGGGAAGGUUGUCCCCCAAAGGACAUCCAAGCUAUGGGGGGACGUGCCAGAGGUGAAAAGCCCGAUUCUCUCAGGCCCCAAGGCUAAUGUCAUUAGUGAAUUGAACUCAAUACUCCAGCAAAUGAACAGAGAGAAAUCCUCAAAGCCAGGGGAGGGAUUGGAGUCACCGACUGGAACGAAAACUGCGAGUCUCAGUACAAGGAGCACGGAAGUCAUGAGUACUGUCUCAGGUACACGAAGUACAACAAUCACUUUCACUGUCCGACCCGGAGCCAGCCAGCCGAUCACACUGCAGAGCAGGUCCCCAGACUAUGACAGCAGGACCUCAGGAGCAAGGCACGCUCCCAGCCCUGUGGUUUCACCAACAGAGAUUAAUAAAGACAUCCUGCCUGCUCCUCUGACUGCUUCUGCUUCAGCCUCCUCUCCUUCUCCAACUCUGUCUGAUGUAUUUAGCCUACCCAGCCAGCCCCCUUCUGGGGACUUAUUUGGCUUGACCACAGGGCGCAGCAGGUCUCCUUCUCCCUCAAUAUUACAACAGCCAAUCUCAAAUAAGCCUUUUACAACUAAGCCUGUCCACCUGUGGACUAAACCAGAUGUGGCAGAUUGGUUGGAAAGUCUAAACUUAGGUGAACAUAAAGAAACAUUUAUGGACAAUGAAAUAGAUGGCACACAUUUACCAAAUCUACAGAAGGAAGAUCUGAUAGACCUUGGAGUGACUAGAGUUGGGCACAGAAUGAACAUAGAAAGAGCUUUGAAGCAGCUGCUGGACAGAUAAGAAUAGCUAUUUUGCCUCACAAACUUCUGUUGAUAACUAGAGAUGGGCUGGUACUGACAUACCCCAAAUGCCUUGUCUGUCUGCGAGUGCCAGCAAAAUUGGGGGGGAGGGGGAAAACAGAUGAAUUCCUGGUACUCAGGUGAUGCAGACUGUCUGCUACAUGCCCAAACACAAACCUAAAGAUGCUAAAGAAGUGGGGCCAUUUUAUUUCCAAGCUGUGGGGAGAUGUGAGAGAGAGACAAUUGUUAACUUUACAACUCUUGAUACUGCUCUUGGCCGGGACCAUUGUGUGAUGAUUUUCUUUUAAAAUUGCAA